GUUUCCUAAUUUUCAAUCUCCUCUCAAUAUUAAAUUUCGUAACACCAAUAUCGAAGAAUUCCAAUUUUCUUCACAUCUUUAUAACAAUAUCAUUACAAUACCCUUUUUUAAAACUACUGAUGCGUUUAUUGAUCAAAAACCUGCACCAAAUAAUCAAAAUAUCACAUCCACCAACUCUUAUGAAACUACCACCGAAGAAUUUCAAGCCUCCUAUUUAAACUUUGAAACCGCACAUACUUGUACUAUUGGAACUACUGAGGCGUUCGUUGAUCUAGGGCUAAUGUUAAAUAAUCAAAAUACCAUGCCAAUUCACUUUUAUGAUAUUGCUACCGAAGAAUUCCAAUACUCUUCAUCAAAUUUUGAAAUUUCAUAUCCUUAUGAUGGUGUUAGAACUACUGAAGUAUUUAUUGAUCAAGAACAAGCUCCAAAUAAUUCCUUAUGA